AUGGCAGCCAGGAUGUUCCGCUUUUGUCGGACUGUAUUUUUCAUGUUGCUUUUGGGUACAUCUUUAAGUGUUAACGCUGAUGAUAGCGAGGACACUAUCAUGGUGAUAGGGUGUCCCUUCACCUCCAUAUAUAACUUUGGUACGUUGUCAAAGGUUACUGGAAAUUAUGAAGUGGUAGAUUAUAUAUCCUCAGCUUUUCGUCUUACAUCUCCGAAACCAUAUGCAGCAAACAAGAAAGAUGGGAAGUUUGUUUAUGGAGCAGACUUUGUAGUAGAAGGUUCAACUGCGCUCGACACGUAUUUUACAACCAACAAUUCUGUCAGCAAACAAGUUGAUCAGUUCGUGACACAUCUAUCGUCUAUCUGCUCCAACCGUCAGGAGUGUUGGAAGAAGCUACGUCAUGCAGUUUUCUUGGUGGAGGAAUUCGGAAGCAGGGACUACUUUCAUGCCAUCUCGGAGGGUAUAAAGGUGAGGGAGGUGGAAGAGGCUCUCGUACCUAAAGUUGUUGAAUCGAUCAUAAAUUCCGUAACCAUACUGAUUCAAGCCGGUGCUAGGAACGUUAUGGUUCAUGGAAAUUGA